AUGCUCACUGAUGAGACAGCUAAGAAUGAUUUUAAUACGAGUUCAUCCUCAACACACACACCGCCAACUGAACUAGCUUAUCUUCCAAUUGGUUGUUCGGUUAGUGCGAAAUAUCGUGGAGCAUUUUGUUCAGCACAAGUUAAAGCAUUUGAAAAACAAGUUAAAUUAAAAGUCACACUAGUGGAUAGUGGUGAUACAAUCACAAUCUCAGAAGAACAGAUUGUUCAUCCAACUACAUUACGCAUUGGUAAUACGGUUACAAUCCGUUUAAAUUCAUCAAAUCGUCGACAAUCGAAUGAUUCGAAUUCUCAUCAACAUUAUUCACGAAGUGGUUUAGCUGCAUUUAUCAAUCCUACAAAUCCCGAUGAAAAACAGGCAACUAUCAAACAAAUCAUCGACAAUAGUCUCUACACUGUCGUUUUCAAUGAUGGAGAUGAAAAAUCGCUGAGACGUUCAUCACUAUGUUUACAAGGUGUUCGUCUUUAUCAGAAUCAAUAUGGUCAACAGAAAAUUCUCGAAGAAAUUCCUACCACAACGCCGGCAGCAUCAAUUUCCCCGCCGCCGCCACCACCAUCAUCAUCGACAGUGACACCGUCAACAGACACAACGAAUGCCAAUGCAAAUGAUGUUUCAACGAUCGUGGCUAUUAAACGACAAGGAAAUAACGAUCAAAACGUUUUCCCAGCAAUAGUACUCAAACGAAAAGCAUUGGCUGAUUACAUGUGGGUACGAAGUUUCGUUGAUGGAAGAGAAUACAUCGUUCACACACGUGAUGAUGUACAACCUUAUCAUAAUAAUCAAGAUAUUCAAGCACUAUGUCGUGCGACGUCGAAGCAAGCGACGCAAGCUUGUGAGAAAUUCAUAAAAUACAAUCAAAUUCCAGCUGCUUGGCAAAAGAAGAAACGACAACAGCAAAAAUCGGAUAAUAAAAAUACUCAGAGCGAUGAAGAAAAUAGUAGUGAAAGUGAAUCAAGUUCUAGUGAAUCUGAUGAUGAUGAUGACGACGACGAGAUCGACGAAGAAACUGCCGAAGAAAAAGAUUCGUUCGUGGCUCAGCUAUUCGCAUUCAUGGAUGAUAGAGAAGAUGAUUCUAACCAAGAUAUGUAUCAAAGAUUUAGUUACAUAAUUUUGCAAACUAUCGUAGUUAGUAUUUGAACACCGAUAAAUAAUAUUCCUAAAGUUCAAAACUACGAUCUUGACCUUCAUCGUUUAUUCAAGCUUGUUCGACUGUACGGUGGUUUCAAUAAGGUAACUAAAAAUGACCAAUGGGAAACAAUUCAUAUCAAAAUGGGUUUGCCCGACGAAGUGUCAGCAGAAAAUGGUCGAUCAAUCGAGCAAGCCUAUCGAAAAUACUUGUUUGCGUAUGAAGAUCUCUCGAAGAAAUUGGGUUCGAUGAACGCACCGAGUGCAUAUUUCGGUGGCCGAACCAGUAUGGGUAGUGAUUCGAGACGAAGUUUGAUACGUGCACGACAACAGCAGCAGCAUGAAGAAGAAAAGAAUCAAAAGAAGACAGCAAAAUCGAAGCAAUCUCCUGCAUCGGUGAAACAAAGAUCUCGCAAAAGCAAUGAAUCUCGCGCGUCUAUUGACUCAAAAGCAACUCCUGCAGCAAAGAAAUCCACACCUAAAUCAUCGGUAAAGCCCAAUCGCAAAGGUCCAAAUAAAAGUAAACCAUCGAAUGUUAUCUCAUCGAGCUCAUCGGAGUCGGAAAGUGAAUCGGAAACUGAAACAUCCGACGAUGAAUCGAGUCGUUCAUCGUCAUCACAUUGUACGAAAUCGAAAGCUAAGCCAGCAUCUUCACAAACCCCAUCGAAAAAGUCCACCGUUUUAUCAUCGACUAUUCCGAAAAAGGCCAAUCCACCGUCAACUCCCUCGACUUCGACAUCAACGAAAACCGAUAUGAAGAAAAUUUCAGGCAGUACCAAACCCGUUUCGUCGUCGUCAUCAGCAUCCAAUGUCGAUAGCAAACAAUCGAAAUUAACAAUAACAAUUCCUAUUGCAAAACCGAAAGCACAAUCGAGCAGUUCGUCAUCAGGUCAACCUGUUAAAAAAGUCACUGUCACAUCAUCGAACAAAGAUGACAAGAAAAAAGUUUCCGAUAUCAAAUCUGUUCCGAUCAAAACCGAACCAAAAGCAAUUUCGUCACCGUUAACUAAAAAACCAGUAAUUUCAUCAGCGAAAUCAUCUCAAAUUACGAAAACAUCUCAGCAACAGAAAAAUUCAUCGAAUGAAUUGAGUAAAUCAAGUACGCCGGCGUCAAGCAAUAAAACACCUUCAUCUCUAUUACCAUUCAAACCCAAAACAACUCAUUCACAAACAUCAACGAGUAAUAAUAAUAAUAACAAUAUCAACAGCAGCAGCAAAGAUAGAACGGGACUUUCAAAACCUUCGUCGUUGUCAUCUUCAUCUUCGUCAACAACAGCAAAGGAUCUUUCUCGCCAUGUUAAACCAACAAAGUUCAAUGCUUCUUCGACGAAAAAUGCUUCACAAGAACGAUCGGCUUCCACACCUGUCAAAAAGACAAAACCAACUGGCCAAGAGGAUAGUAUCACGAAACCCAUAUCAGCUGCAUCAACAAUGAAAAUUCCAAAAAUCUCUUCAAAUACGGAUCCUACAAAGAAACCAACAACUCUCAUUGAUAAAAUACACAAAAAACAGGUAAUAAAAGAAGGUACCAGUAAAAUACCUAAAAUUCAAGACAGCUCGUCAAUCAAUAAAUCACAUGCCGCCGAUACACAAACAAAACCUUCCUUGCCAUCUCCAACUCGUCCAACAGUUUCUGAAUCUACGAAAAAGACUACUAUACGUGAUGUGUCCCCAGUAUCUAUCCCUCCUGUAUCACCAUCACCACCACCACCACCAGUAAUAGCUGUUCCACCUAACACUGAUACAGCAACGACUGGUCCAGCACCAACUAGUAGCAUACAAAAUACUAGUACUCCAACUGAACCAACUCCAGAAGUGAAAUUACCCGAAGCUCCGUUAGCACUUCCAGUCUCAUCUACAACUGUGAAAGAAUCGAAUGAGAAUGACACUCCUGCAACAACUUCAAACAAACGUUCGCAUUCGGAUGAAAAUUUUGAACCCGUCUUUACAUCAUCAUCAGUUUCGGAAGUCGAAGAACAACUAUCUCCGUCGAAGCGAGCUCGCCGAUCAAUAUCAUCGCAAGAAAGCACCGAGACUUUCAACAGUAAUAAUGAUCAACCAACGACAAUAGACACAAUCUCAGCUAAUCGCAAUACUCAAUUAACGUACGAUGACAUAUUUAUAAACGAUAUUCUGUUAGUAACAUGGGGCAAUCAUGGAACAAAACAAUAUCCAGCACGAUGUAUCGAGAAGAAUGAUGAUAAAAAGGAGCUAUUUGUACACUACACCGGAUGGAAUUCUCGUCAUGACGAAUGGGUUAAAUUAGACCGUGUCAUCGAACGUAAAGAUACAACAAAUACGAAUACACUAUUCCAACAACGGCCACGUCGCACUAGUCAAAUCAAUACAUUACGACAACAACAUCUUGAUUCAACAACUUCAUCGAAUUCGAAUGAACAGAACAAUCCACAACAAGUCAUUAGUUCAUCGUCGACCGAUCUCACUUCAUCGUCAACACUGAUUGACGAUGAUCUGCUACAGAAAAGUUCGAAAUCUAUAUCUGUUGAAAAGGCCAAAACCGAAGAAUCGGACACUGACGAUAAUAGCCGAAGUCAACAUGAAAAUUGGCCCAAUGUUGAAACAAUAUCUUCGACGGAUGAUGAUGCAUUGUCAUCUGCAUCUACUGUUCGUACAAAUCAAUCUGAUACAAAUCGAUUACCAACGGAUGAAUCAACAAACAUUCGACGAAGUAUAUCCAUGACUAAAAACGAAAAUAUCCUUUCUACUCCUGGUGAAUUUGAAGCAACUGAUGACAAUGAUAUUGGAUCUAGUUCAGCACGAGACGAUGAUCAUGUUCAUGCUACCAUUCCCAAACGAAGGCAAUCAAGAGCAGCAUCAUCAAACAAUAAAGUGGAUUCCACAUCAACUAUAAAGACAGAACAAGUUGAAGAACCGUUUCCUGCAAUAUCAGAUAUGCAUGAACAUCCCCAUCAGUAUCCGUUUUAUGUAAAAGAAGAAACAAUCGAUAGUUCUUCAAUUUCUCAGCAAACCAUCCGAACGCCAUUCAUAGCACCAACAACAUCUCUUCUAGCCGAUUCUAUCUCACCUCUAUCAAACAUAUUGACUUCACCACCGUUAACAGCAACUGGUAACCGCCGUGCAUCAGUACGACAACAGAAACGACGUACAUUACGUGAGCCAAAUAGUGCGAAAGAUACAUCGGCAUCCGCAAAGAAAAGAACGAAAUUGGAUCAUGGUACUGCUCUCAACAUUGAUCUUGGUGGAGACAACAAUUCCAAUGGUGAUCAAACCCCAACAAGGUCAAAUUCAACUGAACAACAAGCAUCAGAUAAUGCCACAAAUAAACGUCAUCGAACAGCAGGACGACGUGGUGGAAAACGAUCAGCGAAUCAACCAGAAUAUGAAAACGAAGAUUAUCGGUCUAGUUCACCAUCGAAUAUGACUAUGCGUCAACAAUUGAAAGACAUGUUCAAACAUCGACCGAGUCGUUACAAUUUUCUUGAUCUGAAUAACAAUUUAACUGGUGAUGAACGUAUAACACAUCUUAAAGAUCGUAUGCGUGAUUGUCAAAAAGUCUUUUUUAAUCUCAAGAGUGCGCUAGUUAAAGUUGAAAAACAACGCAAAGCGUUUCUUCGAAAACAAAAACCAAUUCUACCGACAGCAUCGGGAACAAUCAUACAAUCAACACCAACUGAGAUUUUGGGAACAUCAACAUGUACAUAA